AUGACCAAAUCCUUUUUCGAUAUAAAAGUCAUUCGGUAUAAUAGUACAAUACAACCAAUCCAAACCAUUCAAUACCACAAAACAGGCAAACGAUUAUAUUCUAGCCCUGUCUAUAUCACGGAGAACGGGGAUGUGGUUGUGUCUGAUAUAUUGAAUGGUGUGGUGGUCACAGACCGUGAAGGAAAUUAUCGUUUCACCUACAAAGGACAGUCAAUGGGAGACUUUAUGCCGAGUGGAAUCUGCGUAGAUGCCCUCUUAAAUAUACUGAUGUCUAGUCGAUUCGACGAAACAAUACAUAUAAUUAACAAGGACGGUGUUUUCCUGUCAGUUAUAUCAACAAUAGAAAAUGGAAUGUUUCAUCCACAGAGUCUGGCAUAUGACGAAAAAAACCAUCUUGUUUAG